AUGAGUAUAAAUAAAGAUGCCCCAUUCUCCGAUGCUCUUCUUCCUCGACUUUGUUAUCUUUAUCCCGACUUGACCAACAUCAACCACACUCGUCUCCACCACCUCGACGACUUCUACCCCGACUCUGACUUCGCUUCAUACUUCACUAUGUCUGACGACCGCGACACCGUUUCUGAUUACCAAGAUGAACUUGCAGAUGUUCUGCACCCACUGCCUACCCACUUUACCAAACCAUGCUCAGACCCGCUACCAUCCCAUACGCCGCCGAGAACGCCAGAGCGGAAAGCACUUUCUAUGCCCGAGAUGGGUGGCUCGAAGCCGACACCUGUCCACCCCAAGGGCUCGGGAAUGCUCAAGACUGGACAUGGCACUAUAGAUCAGGCCACAAAGAAAUAUAUCGACUUGACCCUGAUACCCCACGUGAAGCGCGACUUCACCGUUCUUGCCUUCGUCAAGCAUGUUUGGAAAUAUGACCCACAGAGGCUGCUGGAUGUCCUCAAUAACCUCAAUGAGCAGAAUAUAAAUCCAUCGCUGUCGGGUGCUCGCUGUCGUAGGUACUGGGCAAGAGCACAGAUGCACGAGAAGAUGAUGUACGAUGAGCUCUGUGGAAUAUUCGAAGAUCUCCUUCAAGCCAUUGACGACCAACGAUCCAUCCCCGCAAAGUUUAUCAACAUGCGAGAGCAUACAAUCGAAGGAAAUUAUGGCUCUUAUAAGCCGGACAUUUCCUACUCUGUCGUCUCUGAUCGGACAAAGCAGAGGUGGGAAUGGACGCUCUCUUGCGUGGAGGUCAAGCGAAAUGGAGGAAAGUUCGACUGUAACGUUCAAGGCGACGUUCCAAUUGAUGUGAAUAGAUUGAAAGAACUUAUUGAAAAUCCGCCAGUGCGCGGCAAGAACAAGAGGAAGGAUGCUCCACAUGAAGAGGAUGAGCUAUCUGUCGUAUCCGAGCGGCCACGCAAACGUGCCCGAUCACACGACACCGUCCUUCCUGGGGGGCCACAGACGCGAAAGCGCAAGGAACCCUCUGAGAAUUUUGACCAGCCCGAACCCCCGAUGAAGCGAUCUCGAUCGCAUGCGGAGGAGGCUGGGGCAGAGGACGCGAAGGUGUCGGAGUCGGAGGUCGAUAUUGGUGACGCGGAACAGCUGCCGGAAUUCAAGCAACUCACCGCGACAGAGAGACAGGCGGUGAAAUACGAGUUGGAGAUGAUGUCCCAUGGAGUGCGCUCGUACUCUUCCGGACUCACAGUCGAUGGUUUGACCGUGCAUCUGUGGUACGCCGACAGGAUGGGCCUGAUCAAAUCAGAGCCGUUCAACUUCGUGGAGGAGCCGCACAUUCUGCUGCUUGUCCUCGCAGCAAUGGGCUCCGCAGAUUUGGCAACGAUGGGCAUCUCGCCGUUCCUGACGUUCGGGCAGUCGGGCUUCCAAAGCUAUGACGACGCGCAUCUUGAGAUACCGGACCAGCAGGCUAUAGAUGUGAACGGUCGUGUGAUGGGCGCCCUCGAUUUUGAGGUCGAUACCAGCCGGGGUCUUCUCACCGAUUUUGGGAUUGUUGGCCGAGGGACAACAGUGGUGCCAGUCAAGACAACCGCAAAUUCUGCACAGUUCGGUGAUGCAGCGCUCGUGGCGAAGAUGUCGUGGCAGCCCCAGGAGCGUGCAUCUGAAGCCUCUCUCAUCAGACUUGUCCGUCAGUCACUUGGGAAGAAGCCAAACAUGCUGCAGCACAUUGUUGACCUCAAAUGUUCCGUCACGCGUUCGAUGGAGGCUGUCGGACUUCCCAGGGCGUUCUUGCCAGACGCGCACCUGGAAUCUCCUGACACUCGGGAAUUAAGACUGCUCGUGCUGACAAAGCAUGAACCACUGCAAUCGGUGUGUAGUGUCGAUGAGUUCAAGAAGGUGUUCACUGAUGUCGUCCGAGCCCACCAUUAUGUCUGGGAAUAUGCACGAGUUUUGCACCGUGAUAUCAGUGUCGACAACAUUAUGUUCCACCGGAGCGGAGACAGUGUGUGUGGUGUCCUGUGCGACUGGGACCUAGCACUGCACAAACCUGAUGGAGACAGUGACCAGCUCGAAUUCAAGAUGCUCGUGGAAAUGCCUAAGAAAAAAUCCAAUGGUCCCACGGAGGAGCCUAGAUUGACGGCUGCAGAUUCGACAGUGUUUAACGGUGAAGCCAAGGCCACAGACGGAUCUAAAGACCAAGCUGUCGAAACGCCGGAGAAAAAUGAGCAGACAACGGAUGGGGACAAAGACACGAAGAGGAAACCUCGCUACCGCACUGGCACAGGUCCUUACAUGGCGCUCGACCUUUUAACCUAUGGCAGCACCCCUUACCAUCGGUAUCGGCACGACCUCGAGUCAUUCUUCUUCCUGUUGGCCUGGUUCUGUGCUUUAUUUGACCCAGAGCAGCACAAAUUCCGGGAAACUGGGUUAUGGGAAGCCAACACACUUGUUGACAUAGGCAGAGUCAAGCGAGAUUUCCUGCACGAGCCAGAGGACUACAAGAAGACAAUGGCUAAAGCGCAUCCGAAAUAUGCGGCACUCGCACAGGCGUGGGUUUUCCCGCUUCAACUUAUGGUUGCCCGAGCCAAUACGGGUAUCAGAGAAUUGCGAGGCGAGCGGUUUCACAUAUUGGAAACUGGAGAGACAGCAGAACUCCCUAUGUGUGACAUUUUACUUCGAGCACAAAUUCGGAAGCGCAACCAGGUAAUGACAUAUGAGAAGUUCAUGAAAUGCCUGGGUGCGGAGCCAUGA